UCACCAAGGAUAUUGCGCUCGUUAUCGCGAGUAGGAGCUGCUCUUUUGUUUCUCUUCCCAAAGAGGCUAUCGCCGGUGGUGGUAUUAACCAGGCUGCAUUCAUUGGCCGGGAUUGCCAUCCAUCGAUUCACAAUUAUAUCUGAAAGAAAUGCAGCGAGGCAGCAUAAAGCCGGGCGAGGUGCCCCCCGGAUAUGAAGAAUAUCCCCUCGACAACCGAGGCUAUCGCCAGUCCGGAUCCUCAUCACCUGCCCUGUGGAACCCGAGAUACUGGUCCAAGAAAGUAUGGAUUGGCAUCGCUGCUGUUGUCAUCAUCGCCAUCAUCAUUGGCGUGGCUGUUGGCGUCACGCAGGGGAAGAAGAAGUCGUAUCCCGACUACUCACAGCUUACAUAUACCCUCAAGGAUACAUUCCAGGGAGAAGACUUCUUUGACAACUUCAACUACUUCACCGGCUUUGACCCUGCCCAGGGGUUUGUCCACUACGUUCCGCAGCCUCAAGCCCAACAGAUGAAUCUCACCUUUGCAUCGCAAGAUGCCGCCGUCCUCAGAGUCGACACCUCCGUCGGCCCCGGCAGCAACCCCGACGCCUCCACGGGCCGCUUCUCCGUGCGCGUCGAGUCCAAGAAGACGUACAACGACGGCCUCUUCAUCUUCGACGUGCGCCACACGCCCUACGGCUGCGGCACCUGGCCGGCCCUCUGGCUGACGGACCCGUCCAACUGGCCCGACAACGGCGAGAUCGACGUCAUGGAGGCGACCAACAAGGCCGCCGACGGCAACCAGAUGACCCUCCACACCUCCAAGGGCUGCUCCAUGGGCGUCCAGCGCAAGCAGACGGACAAGGCGCUGCAGGACAACUGCGACUCGUCCAAGAACGGCAACGCCGGCUGCGGCGUCCAGGGCCCCGGCAGCACCUUUGGCUCGGCCUUCAACGCCAACGGCGGCGGCGUCAUGGCCAUGGAGUGGCGCGACGCGGGCAUCCGCGUGUGGCAGUUUGCACGGAGCUCCAUCCCCGCCGACAUCACCGGCCAGAAGCCCGAUCCGAGCACCUGGGGCGAGGCGGCGGCGGACUUUCCGAGCACGGACUGCAAUGUCGGGAGUCACUUUAGGAACAACUCCAUCAUCCUCAACAUUGAUCUCUGCGGCGACUUGGUGUAUGGUGUGUGGGAUAGUUCCGGAUGUAAGUUGUCCUUCAACUGCACCGAUAUUGUUGCAAACCAACCCCAGUCCUUUACGGAUGCUUACUGGGAAGUGGGAAAGUUCCAAGUCUACCAGGCGGCGUAAGAGGAGUGCGAUUCUGCUGGGUUUAGACUACGACGAGGAUAUGGCUAUACCAAGAAGAUAUAUCAGAAAAAGGGUAUGGGUUCUACAUAGUAAUGAGAGUAAUGGCAGGUUUAUGAGGAUGCGAU